GAUGAAAGCACAUACAAGAUCGAAACAAGCGCAUACUCUCAAGAAAUCGCUCUCCUCGUGUCGGUGGAGCGUAAUCAGAUUAAUUGCCAUUUCAGAUACAACACAAACACGUUCGAUGCUUAGUUACAAUAGUUCGAAAUCAAUACGUUUCAGGGCGGAUACAAUAGUUCCUCAACUGUGAUAUCCAGAAAUUACCAGUAUUUACUGUCGAGUCACGUCGACCACCCCCAGUAUUCAGACCAAUCGGCCGGAAUGGAGCAUCACAUCAGUUCCAAGUAUCCAUUUCCAAGCUGCCGCGUCAUCCUGAGGUGCUCGUCCUCGGGCGGGUUUGACGCUCCCAGCCCGUCACGGACGGCUGGGCUGGCGGCCGUCAGCCGGUCCUACCUCAACACCCCGGCCCGGGGGUGGCUGUGAUACACCUCAGAGGGCACCCAGCCGGCGCACCUCGGCUGGGCGACCAGCCGCGGGCGACCGCGGCCCGACCUUGGCCUUGGGAGGAGUGGUAUUGUCCCGCGGGUCAUCGGCGCCCCGUAUUUAUAGCGCAGCCCGGCAGUCCAUCGUCAGUGUCGUCCUCUCGUCUGCUCUGCUCUCUCGACUCAGUACUCCAGUUCGCUCAGCCAUGAACGCCCACCUGCUUCUGCUGACCGCCCUGCUGGCCUCCAUGGCCUACGAGAGCUCUGCCACCGAGGGCAUCUCGGCCGGCACCGCGCUGGCCAUCGGCGUCGCCGCCGUCAUCGGCCUCAAGCUGGCCGGUGUCGCCGGCUUCGCCAUCGCCCGCUCGUUCGGAGGCCGGCGCGGCGGUCGGGGCCGCGGCCGCCGCUACCGCGGUCGUCGUGACGCCGUGGUGGCCCUGGAUGUGGACCAGGAGGAGGCCUACUUCCAGCUGGUGGAGCAGGUGGACUCUCUGGGCUGCGGCCUGCGCGUCGUCUGCGAACUGGAGGCCCGCGAGUACAGCCAGCUGCAGGCCGACGAGAGGAUCAUCCUGUCGCUGUUCGGCUCCCGUCCGCUGCCGCCGACCAGCAACGGCCUCGAGUCCGCCUCUGGCAAGUACCAGCUGGCCGCGUUUGUUGGCGCCCAGAAGAAGGAUGCCAAGCGGUGCGCGCGCCUGUUCGCCAAGUGCCCGUUCAGCAGCGAGCAGCUGAUGGCGGCGCUUCGCGCGGCCCCGGGCGCGCAGUAAACGGACUCCGAUCGAGCUGUGUUGACCCGCGCAGGUCGCGGGUCGACGCUGGUGGUCGGGGUGUUGAGAGCAGCCCAGUCAAGCAGCGUGUGUUGUCUCACAUUAGAGUGCUUGCCUAGGCUCAGCGGCCUAGAGGAACACUCACCCCCGUUCGCGAGUCAUUUCAAGUCAUUGUCUCAUAGUAUAUCGGUCCCAUGUCACCCGUUUUGAACUCCUGUGACAGAGCUAGAUUCGCCGGACGCUGGAAUAGACGCGUCUUGCAGCGAUUGAGCCGAGCCCGAGGAGCGUUCAUACCUUUUUGUGUACAAAUAAUACAGAUGUACGAUAUGUAA